GAUCCUACGCCAGUGUACCAUCCAUAAUCAAACAACAACAGCAUGGUAACAGCAAUUUGGAUUCGGAUAACCUGCGGUUAGUUUGCGACUUAUUCUUCAAUUAUGUUGGAAAGAAAAUCAGCACCAAGGCUGCCGGUUCUAAUGAGAGAGAAGAUAUCACACAUAGCUACAAGUACCCACAAGGCUCGGAGGAAGAAGUGGCGGCAGUCCUUAAGGCGGGCAAGACAGGCUCCACUAGGCCAGAUCUGUUCUCAAAAGUCAAGCAGGAUGUCGUGUUCACAUUAGUCAGUGACCAGGAAAAGCAGACACUGGGUGCCACAUUCGAGGUCUCGCUGUCCGUGAAAAACAACAGCAACGAGCAGCGGACAAUUUCAUCAGGCCUGAUUAUCGUCAGCACCAUGUACUACACUGGCAAACUGAGCAGGCAGCUCAAGAAACUGGAUUUCCAGGGUCUGGUCCUCAGUCCCGGUGAAGAGAAUUUACAGACCAUUCAAGUAACAGAAGAUGAAUACUUUGACAGCCUGGAGGAUUUCGGCAUGCUUAAUGUCAACGCCACGGCUACAAUCAACGAAACGUCCCAGAAUUUCAUCACCAACAAGACUUACUCACUUCGCCAACCUCGACUCACCAUACAGGCUCCCAGACAGGCUGUAGUCAACCAGACGUUCAAUGUUGAGGUCUCCUUCCUCAACCCCUACAAGACGCGGAGCCUCACAGACUGCUGGCUUCAACUUGAUAGUGUCGUCUCCUUCAUGCAAUUUGAAGUAGGAAAUCUAAAUCCAGGUGCCACUUUGAAAGCAUCCCUUCCGGUAGCUGCAACGAAAGCGGGAGAUCAUGACAUUAUUAUGGCACUCCAGUCCAAGCAACUGAAGGGCAUCACCGGGGAAACUGUAAUCCACAUUCAGGAAGAGUGA